AUGUUUGAUGUAGUCGUGGUUGGCGCCGGCUUCAGUGGCCUCCAAGCUGCCCUCUCCGCCCAAAAGGCCGGCCUAUCAGUCGCCGUCGUUGAGGCCCGGGACCGGGUCGGAGGUAAGAGCUGGACGGUUCCGCUGGCCAAUGGCAAGGGAAACGCGGAUCUGGGAGCCGCCUGGGUCAACGACCAGUUGCAGCCUCGGAUCUGGUCCUACAUUGAGAGGUUCGGCCUCACCGGCCAGAUCUUCAAGCAGCGUCUUGGCGAGACAGCUGUCAUGGUCCUUGAGGAUGGCAAGAGGAUCGAGUUCCCCCAUGGAAUUACUCCCGAAUUCAGCCCCGAGGACAAGAAGAACCUUGAGAUGAUCCGUGACCACAUCCAGGCCGAGUCUCUCAAGCCCAACGGCUUCCGCAAGGAAGAUGACCAGGUGAGCCUGGACCAGUAUGUCCGCAACCUUGGUGCACGUCCCAAGACUCUGGCCAUGGUCAACCUUUGGGUCCGUGUCAUGCACGGUCUCGAGUCUACUGAAGAGUCUGCCGCCUGGUUCAUUGAGUACUGCCGGACCAACCACGGCCUUCUCGCGAUCCGUGCCGACGAUGUGACUGGCGGUAACUACAUGCGAAUCAAGUCUGGUACCCAGUCUAUCGCCAAGGGCAUUGCCAACCUUGUCGGCCACGCCAAUAUCCACCUCAACGAGCCCGUCGCCUCCAUCCAGGACAACAAGUCCCAUGUGAUCGUGACAACAACCACCGGUAAAGCCUUCAAGGCCAAGAAGCUCAUCAUCUCGAUGCCCUCAGCCAUGCUCAAGGAGCUCAACUUCUCUCCUCCCUUGCCCCAGCGCGCCCAAGAGGUAUACAACAACACCAAGCUCGGCCACUACAACAAGGCCAUCGUCUUCUACGAGAAGCCCUGGUGGCGAGACCUCGGCUACAACGGUUUCUUCAUGGACUACCAGGGCCCCGCUUGCGUCGUCCGAGAUACUUCUUUUGACGACGUUGGCCUGUACGGCUUCACCUGCUUCGUCAACGGCAAGACAGGUGAAGAAUGGGCGGCCAAGUACCCGCACGAGCGCCGCAAGCUCAUACUCGACCAGAUCGCGCGGGCCUUUAACGUGGGGCCCGACUCCGUGGCGUAUAGGCCUAUGGAGUUUGUCGAGCAGGUCUGGCAACACGAGCAGUUCAGCCGUGGCGCUCUGGCUCCCGUCACCAAAAUUGGCCACCUCAGCGAGUACGCUGACAUUUAUGGAAAACCCAUUGGCAACAUUCACUUUGUGGGUACUGAGCAUGCUAAACACUGGAAGGGAUACCUCGAGGGAGCUCUCGCGUCAGGCGAGGUGGGUGCCAAGGAGGUUAUCGAGGCCCUGGAGCAGCAGCCUCCCAAGUCUAGGCUGUAA